AUGAGUGAAAAUAAAAAAAAGGCACAGUCUUCUUUAAAAAACUUUGUAUCUGGUGGUUUUGGUGGAGUUUGUACAGUUUUAUGUGGACACCCUUUAGAUACAAUUAAAGUAAGGUUACAAACCAUGCCUAAACCCUCACCUGGGCAACCGCCGUUAUAUUCUGGAACAUUUGAUUGUGCCAAAAAAACAUUAGCUCAUGAAGGAGUUAGAGGAUUGUACAAGGGAAUGGCAGCUCCCUUGGCUGGUGUAACUCCAAUUUUCGCGGUUAGUUUUUUUGGCUUUGAUCUUGGUAAAAAUAUUAUACGAAAAUUCACUCAAGAACCUUUGGGUGCAAUGCAUUUGUUUUUUGCUGGUGCUCUUUCAGGAGUUUUUACUACAUCUAUUAUGGCACCUGGAGAAAGAAUCAAAACUUUAUUGCAAGUUCAACAAGCUGGAGAUAAAAAAUACCAUGGACCUGUAGAUGUAAUUAAAAAAUUAUACAAAGAGGCUGGAAUUCGUAGCGUAUUUAAAGGAACAUUUGCCACAUUGCUGAGAGAUGUACCUGCAAGUGGAAUGUAUUUUAUGACUUACGAUUGGAUAAAAGGGGUGAUUGCUCCAGAAAAAAGUACAGAUAUAAAAUUAAUUGGCACAAUAUUUGCUGGUGGAAUGGCUGGAAUAGCAAAUUGGAUUGUUGCCAUGCCAGCAGAUGUUUUAAAAAGUAGACUUCAAAGUGCACCUGAAGGUACCUAUCCACAUGGUAUUAGAAGUGCAUUUAGAGAGCUUAUGAGGGAAGAAGGAAUACUAGCUUUAUAUAAAGGGAUAACUCCAGUAAUGUUAAGAGCUUUCCCAGCAAAUGCAGCUUGUUUUAUUGGGUUUGAAGCUUCCAUGAAAUUUUUAAAUUGGUGUUUCCCAAAUUUUUAA